AUGAAGUUUGAAAAUGUGCUGGCAGAGGUGAAUGGCUUUGGGAGAUUUCAAUUAAGGACAAUCCUCUUGACUGUAAUUCCUCGUGUGACUUUGCCUUUUCACUUUCUGCUGAAUAAUUUCAUCGCCGUUAUUCCAUGCCAUCACUGCAACAUCAGCUCACUGGAUGAUGGAGGUGUUUUUAGGAAUUUGUCCCAGGCAGAGAGGCUUGUUGUUAGUAUUCCACUUGAGGCAGAUGGGACUCCAAACUCCUGUCAGAUGUUUGCAGAGCCUCAAUAUCAUCUGCUGCUCAACUCAUCCAACAUGACUGACCUACCCACAGUGCCAUGUCAGAAUGGAUGGGUGUACGAUAACAGCACCUUCAAGUCUUCGCUGGCCACAGAGUGGGAUCUGGUUUGUGAUAAGAGAAGAGUUAACCGAGCCACGGCCACUAUCUUCUUCAUGGGGGUCAUGCUUGGUGCAGCAGUAUUUGGCUAUCUUAGUGACAGGUUUGGCAGGAAAACAACACUUCUUGUGUCCUAUGUGACAACCACCUUCUUUGGAUUUGCAAGCGCUUUCUCAUAUAAUUUCACCAUGUUUGCCGUCAUGAGGUUCUUUACUGGAUUUGGACUUUCUGGAAUAAGCAUUAUCACCAUAGUGCUUAGUAUUGAAUGGGUGGAUAUCAAGCAUCGAACUGCAGUAGGUGUUUUAACAAGCAUGGACUGGAGUGUUUCUACUGCUCUGCUACCUGUUGUGGCCUAUUUUGUGAAUGACUGGAGGUACCUCACAGCCACAGCUACCACCCCGCUGUUUCUGGCAAUGAUCUGCUGGUGGUGGCUACCUGAGUCUGCCAGAUGGCUGAUAAGUAAUGGAAAGGUCAACAGUGCUCAUUUCUACUUGAGCAAGUGUGCAAAAGUCAACGGCAGAGAGCAGUCCAUGGCUGACAUAAAGCCUGAGACUCUGUCCAAAGUAAUACUUGUAGAAAAUGAAAACAGAAAAUAUUCCUAUUUGGACCUUGUGAGGACUCCCAAAAUGAGGAGACUGGCUCUACUUACUGGCAUUGUUUGGUUUGGAGUGGCCUGUACGUAUUACGGAAUCAGCUUGAAUGUCAGUGGAUUUGGUGUGAACAUUUAUCUCACACAGUUCAUCUACGGCGCAAUUGAACUUCCGGCAAAAGCAUUUGUCUUUUUCACUUUGAACAAAAUAGGCCGAAGGUUGAGUCAGACUGGAACACUCGUUAUGACUGGACUGUGUAUAUUCUGCAACAUGUUUGUCCCUCGAGAUAACGCGAUGUUUCAGACAAGUGUGGGAGCUUUGGGCAAGAUGUUCGCAGAGGCAUCUUUUACAACUGUAUUUCUGUAUACAACAGAGCUUUACCCCACAGUAAUGAGGCAAAAUGGAUUGGGUUACUGCUCCUUCAUGGCCCGUGUAGGCGUGUCUGUUUCCCCUCUGAUCAUGCUUCUUGAAGAAGUGUGGGGCCAUUUACCGAGUACUAUCUUCUCCCUGGUGGCUGUUGCUGCAGGGCUGUCAGCUUCUCUUCUUCCUGAGACACAAAACAUCCGUUUACCAGAGACUAUUGAGGAUGUGGAACACACGAGAAGAAGAUCAAUCUCCACCUCUGACGAGAAAUCUCAACCCUAAAUUUUUUCUUCACUGCAACCAAAAGGCAUUUGGCCUUGAGUUGCAGGG